AUGGCAAUGACAAUGAAUAAGAUGACAUUAGAAUUGUUAUCUAAUGAAUUAUUGUUUGAUUUAUUCGAAUUAUUUGAUGCAUUUAAUCUUCUUCGUGCUUUUUCUGGUCUAAAUACUCGGUUUAAUUCUCUAUUAUUUAUUCAUUUUCGACGUUAUCGUGUCGAUUUACGUUCGAUAUCCAAAGAAGAUUUUGAUAUUUUCUAUAGAACCUAUCUUCCAUCGAUAACAGAUCGUACAAUUUAUUUGCGGCUCUCCGACGAUGAAGAUACACCAUAUCAAUGUGCUCAUUUUCAAUCUGGUGAGCUCACAUUAGGUAAAUUCAAUAAUCUUCGUUCAUUAACAUUCGACAGCGUUAGUUCGGAUCUGAAGAUUAAUCAAAAUUUUUUUUCCGAUUUACAUCGCCUUCAUCAUUUAACACAUCUGAAAUUUAUUGAUUGUCGAUUGUUUCAUGUCAAGGGAGAUGAUUUUCAAGAAAUAAUGAAUCAAAUUUGGAAUCUACCGAACUUGACCCAUUUUUAUGGAGAUUUUACAUUUGAAGCUUCAAGUUAUUUUGCUAUUCCUAAUAUUAUAUCAACAUCAUUGCAAUACUUAACUAUUCACGGGAAUGAUUGGUGUUCAUAUAAAUUUCCUCGUUUAUUAGAAAAUGUUCCUCGAUUACGAAAAUUUUCUACAUCAUUAAGUACUUAUGAAGAAGAUGAUCUUCCUCUUGUUCGUGAAUUUAUACCAUCACCUAAGAAUUUAUCGAUUGCAAAACUUGAUCUAUCAUCAAUAAAUUCACAACGUCUAAUGAUAAAUCUAUUUCAAUUAUUACCUAAUGUCAUUCAUCUAAAAGUUGAAAUCCAAAACCUCACAUUGGACGGGCAUCGAUGGGAACAAAUUAUUGUGAAUUAUUUACCUCAACUCAAAAUUUUGCAAUUUAUGAUGGAUUUUGAUCUUGGUCAAUCGGUUGAUGACCAAAUAGAUUUAAAAAAAGUUGAUCAAUAUCUUUCUACAUAUCGUACUCCAUUUUGGAUUCAACAUAAAUGGUUUAUUCGAUGUCAUUGGACAAAAUUAACGAACAAUCUUGAUAUUCAAGUUUAUUCAUUACCAUAUCAAUUUGAUUGUUUUCCUGUGUUCUAUAGAAAUUUGCAUUAUAAUACACAAUCGACCUGCCCAUCUGAUAUGCAUUUUUCUUAUGAUUCUGCUCGGAAUAUAAGCUAUAAAUCAUGGUUAUUCAACGACAUAGAAUUCUCACAUAAUCAAAUCAAUAAUAUCAAAAUUUUAUCUCUUAUUCUUCCAACUGAUCAUUGUUUUUUUUCCAUAUUUCCCAAACUUGAAAAUUUAUAUGCACUUAAUGUCGAUAUUUUCACAGAAAAUUAUCAAUUGCAAUUACAAAGAUUGCUUGAUAGUGCACCUCGUCUCUUCUCACUAUCAUUUGAGUCAUGGGCUACUUCGACAAUGCCACCAUAUCAAUGUACUAGUUCAUCAAUACAUCGACUUGAUUUACGAGGUUCCGAUGGAUCGCGUCGUCGCUAUCGCUAUGAUAUUAAACAAUGUGAAGAAUUAAGUCAAACACCAUUGGGUAUUCAAUGUCGAGUACUACACAUUGAAGUCGAACAGCCCGUGUGUAUUUUGCACUUAAUUUAUCCUAUGAUUAAUCUUCGAACAUUGGAUGUCUCCUAUGACUAUGAUUAUCGUAGCAAUAAAUAUGACAUGGUCAAAGUCUUACAACAUUAUUUGCCAUCAAUAUGGACUGUUACCGAAAUUUGUCAUGGAAAGUUUAUUAUUCGAUCAUAA